CCAAUGCCCACAACUCUUCCAGUGAUGACGCCGCCGCAGCAGCGCACAACGCGUCUCACGCAACGCUCUGUGUUUUGGAGAAGAACGGAAGAUGGCGACCUCAAACAAUCCGCGAAAAUUCAGCGAGAAAAUCGCCCUGCACAACCAGAAGCAGGCGGAGGAGACCGCGGCGUUUGAGGAGGUCAUGAAAGACCUGAGCAUCACGCGAGCUGCACGGCUGCAGUUACAGAAGACCCAGUAUUUGCAACUAGGCCAGAAUCGAGCUCAGUGCUAUGGAGGGUCACUGCCCAAUGUCAAUCAGAUUGGAAAUAGCAACACUGACCUCCCUUUUCAGACGACGGUGUUAGACACCAGUCGGACAUCCCGACACCACGGCCUGGUGGACCGCGUGUAUCGCGACAGGAAUCGCAUCGCUUCUCCGCAUCGUAGACCUCUCUCUGUGGACAAGCAUGGACGUCAGAUUGACAGCUGCCCCUACGGCUCGGUGUAUCUGUCACCACCUCCUGACACAAGUUGGAGGAGAACCAACUCUGACUCAGCUCUUCACCAGAGUGCUGUGAAUCCAGCUCCACAGGACACUUUUGUUAGUGGAUCUCAGGAACUGCAGACAAAGGGAGUAAAAACAUUGCUGUUGCUCACCCCUCCAGACACAGAGGAUACUGAAUCAGAGAUGGAGAAAGACGAGCCCAAAACUUCUCUGCAUACAGAGUCAUGUGACGUUCCUGGGAUUAACAUAUUUCCAUCUCCUGAUCAAGAAAUGAAUAGCUCUUUGAUGCCAGCUGCUCACAGCACCGGUGGCUCCUUACCUGAUCUGACAAACAUCCAGUUCCCUCCUCCUCUCCCCACCCCGCUGGAUCCAGAUGACCCCAUUACCUUUCCUACAUCCAGCUCUAGCAGUACCAGCAACCUGACCACCAACCUGACACACUUGGGCAUCAGUGCUGCCAGUCACGUCCCUCCCUCCCCUCCCGCCCAGCACACUGGCCCCGCCCCCUCACCCAAUAUCAGCCCACAGCCGCCCACCCCCACGCUACCGCCUGCCGUCUCACCCCAGAUACCCAUCACACAGCCAAUCACAAUGGACAGCCUGUCACUGGAGCAGCAGUUGUCUCAGUACUCACUGCUGAGUUUACUGAACGACCUGCAGAAACAACCGCACACCCUCCCUCAGAACAUUCGCCUCAUACGCCUCCCGCCUCUCACUGUAAGCUCCACCCCCAACACCUCCCAGCCCUCUCUUGCCAGCCAAUCACAGACAGCCACGAGCGGAACUGCCAACUCAUACCGCAGUCAGACCGGCUCUUCAGCCAAUCAGUCACCAACAUCUCCAGUGUCCAAUCAGGGCUUCUCACCUGGCGGUUCACCACAACAUAUUCAGGUGGUUGGGAGUAUCUUUGGAGAUUCGUUCUAUGAUCAGCAACUUCCAUCUAGACAGACCAAUGCCCUAUCCAACCAGCUGGAGCAGUUCAACAUGAAUAUGAUGGAGAAUCCAGGCAGCUCUAGUCACUGUUCAACGCUGAACUACACACAGGCAGCCAUGAUGGGUUUAACCGGGAGUCACAGCAGUCAGCAGGACACGCAGCAGCUCGGUUACAGUAGCCAUGGCAACAUCCCCAACAUCAUUCUCACAGUGACGGGAGAAUCUCCACCCAGUCUCUCCAAAGAACUCACCAGCUCGUUGGCCAGCGUUGGUGACGUCAGUUUUGACGCAGACUCUCAGUUCCCAUUGGACGAGCUGAAGAUCGACCCCUUGACACUGGACGGACUACAUAUGCUUAACGACCCGGACAUGGUUCUCGCCGACCCGGCCACCGAGGACACGUUCCGCAUGGAUCGACUGUGAACCCGUGAAUGCAAUUCGGAAGCGAGACAUUCCGCUGCAUGGCCUCUCUGUUCACCAUCUGGUCAGUGGCCGUCCACGUCCCCCCAACCACCCACGUAACAGCAGGCUGCCAAACCGCCAAACCGGGUGUGGGGGGGGGGUGGUGGAGGUGGAAGUGCUGUAUCCACACUGGAUAGUUUCCAAUGCGCAAUACCAUCCACCAUCCACUCUCGUCAUGGAUUUGUGUGUUUUUUGUCUUGGUUAGUCACCAAUGUGCAUUUUCUGUUUUUUUUUGUGUUCAUUCCUUUUUCGUUGUUUAUCCUUUUGAUUUGAUGGAUCAUACCGUGUUUAUUCAUUCUUUUUGUUGCAUUAAGAGAAUUGCCAAAUUUCAUCUAUUUUGUAAUGUUUACAUAAUUACGCCACAUGUCUUUGAAGAAAUAUCCAUCUGUGUAAUUCCAUGUGAAAUUGACAUAUUUAUUUAGAAUGUAUUUAUUACAAUUAUUUUUUUAAUUAUUGAUAUAAAUCUAUAUUAUUUAAUCAUAUUUAUGUAAGGAGCACUACUCCCCCAGAUUGUGUAUCAAGGGUUUAAGGGAGCGUUGCUCAUUGUACACUGGAAGGCAUAAAGUUUGCUUUUACAAAAUGGCUUCCAUUUCGUUUUGCUAGCAUUUUGUAUCAUCCAAACAUCUCGAGAUGCCACGAUUGGUGUUUUGGUAUCAUUCUUGUUUCUAAUAUUUGCCAGUGAUUUUUCUUGCAGAAGGACAGCAGUCUCUCGAUAGAAAUAUAACCCAUAUUUUGGUGUUUUUGUGGACUGUCGUGUGACUUUCUGUACGUUUCGCAUAUGUUUAUUCAAAUCGAAGAUCUGUUAUGGCUGUAAUGUACGCUUCAACGGUGGUCAGUAAAACGUGACCCUCGAGCUGCUGCAGAAACCUGCUGAACACUUCACUGUGAGAGGACCUGAUUUUGCCUUAUAUGAACAAAAUGCUGUUUUUAACUGUUGAUGUGUUUUUCUAAUCGUCUCCGAAGUGUUUUCCUCGCGGUAUUCUUGUUUUACCAAUGCCAUUUUGUUUAGUAUUGAAUGCUGUAUAGUUUGUACUUGUACUGCCAAACUUAACUCAAGGUUUUGUUGUGAAACUGAUGUCAGUCAUCUGGCUUGGGGAGAGUAAUGCUCCUUAUUCUGUGCUGUUUACGGGAGUUUGUGUUUGUCAUUCCCAUGCGUAUGUUCAAGCCCUGUCACACCUCAAGUCAGGUGUUUUUCCUUGAGUGCUAUAGAAAGGAAUUAAGGAAUCACUCAUUUACAAUUCCAUAACGCAGUUAUGAUCGCUACACACAGUGGGGUCCAAAAAACACAACUUUUGAUUAAACAUUAUGAUGUAAUGUGUUAAUUGUAUACAUACUGUCAUUGAAACAAAGAGGACGAUAAGAAAUACUUAAAAAAAAAAUCUGAUUUAUAUAUGUAUUUUUUAGUCAAACUGAUAAGUUGAUAAUUAUGGAAGCUUGCCAUGGGUUAAAAAAAAGGUAAGUUUGACUUUUUAUCACAAUCCAGACUUUGUUGUGCAAUUCAGAGUUUUAUCUCACAAAUCUUACCUUUAUUUUUGACUUUUUUUAUGUACAAAAAGAACUUACAAGUGCGAGAUAUAAACUCUCUAUUGCGAGAAAGUCAAAAUUAUGAGAUAAAAAGAUGCACUUAAAAAUUAAAUGCCAAGAUAAAACCUAAAAAAAACUAAAAAUCCCAUGGCAUUUUUUUAUCCCGUUUAGUUUAAAGUUAAGCAUUGUCAUUUACAGACUUUUGGACCCCACUGUAUCUAACUUGUCAGUCUAAUAAACAACUACUGGGGAUGAAUAGCAAGGUAAAGUUUUUGGCAAUUAAACAAGAUGUUUCCUGCUAAAGUUUUAGUCAUUUUGGUUGAGCCAGAUAUAUAUUUUGGUCAUCUGGGUCCUUCAAGGAAAUAAUAACUCUUAAAACUGUGCAAAUCCAAUUUGUGAUUCCUAUGCAAACUAAAAGCAUUAAUCGACCAACAAUCUGGAAUAUUUCUGGUUGAAUAUGAACAGUAUACUUAGGGCUGAGAAAUAGUUUACUAUGAGUUUAUUAGACAUAACAAAAACUGCAAUACUCGCUUCAGUUUUUAUUCUUCGAACUGUGCCAUUCCGAAUAUUUCUCCUGUCAUUUUCAUAUGUUUACCAUGAGCGUGUUUCUCUCCUGAAAAUAGUGUACAUAAAGCUUAUCACCGGAAUAUGACGACUGCAUGUCAAAAUGAGAAAAAAAACCUUUAGAAUGAGGUCUUCGUUAGCUUUUUGGUAUGAGGUCUUCAUUAGCUUGGCUAAUUCCAGUAAAAAGAUUCACUGCACAUAAAACAAUAUAGACCCCCGAGACACGAUGCAUGUAUUAGUUAAUGCUAGUGGUGUCAUUU